CUUAUGACGGUGGGCUGUAAAUAAUCAAGUCUGGACCAGACAAUCCAGUGAGGAAGUGUUUUCUGGAAUCACGGAGUUGGAUUUAACGUUUAAAAGGCCGAAUGUGAAACCCAUGUACAUGAUGAUGAUACUGACAGACAGAAAAAAAAGUGGGGUUUUCUAAAGGUCGACGCUUGGAUUCGAAUGAUCUAUCAUUCGUGUUGCGACCCUGUACACCACUAAACCACCUAUGCACUCUCCAUAGAAUCGAGCCUACACUUAUGCCACAGGUGACGAGGAAAUGUAAUGUAAUGUUUGGCUAUUUGAGAUACCUCCAAGCCCAGGCCUAUCGCCGGACUAUAAAAAUGUUAAGAGCUGUUUGCUGAGAUUACAGUAAACCAAACCAGUGUCCACACAUAUAUUUUCACAAGUGUGUAUUUAGUCAGAGAAACGCUGAUGGAUCAUCGUGUUGACGGCUUAAUGGAGUGCUUCGGUUAAAGAGCGCGCUAAACUCGCUGAACUGCUGAUUGGCAACUGAAGGUUGCUAUUUCCUGGAACAGCGGGGCAGGCCCUUUCGCGGAAUUAAAGUAGAAUGUAUCUUUCGUUUCGGGCCGUGGCAUGCUCUCUUUGUUACUAGACAAAGUAGCGGCUAAAGAGGUGUUUCUACGUGACAUACUUAUGGCCUUGAGGUGCCGAUCAUGAAGUUGACUUCAAGGCUUUGGAAAUGCUAGGUGAUGUUUCAUCCGGCGUCUGACGGAGAAGGCGAAAAAAAAACAACAACCCACAUUUAUACGAAAAAAGAUCUGCUUGGAACAGGGUCGUCCUGCGAUGUCUAUAUUGGAUUACAAAAGGGUACAGGGGAACAACACGCUUUGAAAAUAUUUAAAGACGCACAGUGGGCACGCUCUGAAGAACGCCGACGCGAGGUAUCUGCACUGCAACAACUUAACCACCACAACAUCAUCAAAUUCUUUGGCGAAGAGGAAGAGGCGUUUACGGGGAGGACGCUGCUGGUGUUGGAACUGUGUGAGGAGAGUCUACACACCUUCCUGCAGGAACCCCACAACAGCCGGGGACUGGGGGACUCCGAAACGUUGCUACUGCUGGAGCAUCUCGGUUCGGCCGUUCAUUACCUUCAUACACAGAAGUACGUGCACCGGGACAUCAAACCCGGCAACAUUCUGCGCCACAUCGACAACGACGGAAGUUGCACAUACAAGUUGUCUGAUUUCGGAGCCAGUCGAUUGAUAGAAGAGGAAGAUUUGUUUAUGUCCCUGGCGGGAACUGAAGAAUAUCUGCACCCCAAAGUGUACGAGAAGGCGUUCGUGGACCGUGGUGCCGUCAUCUGCUUCGACUCCUCCAUUGACCUCUGGAGUGUGGGCUGCACCCUGUACCAGGCAGUCACGUGUCAGAUCCCCUUCCGGCCCCACGGGGGAGUCAGGUCCAACAGGGCGAUCAUGUUUCAGAUGAUCGCAGAGAAACCAUCUGAUUCCAUUUCGGGUUACCAAGCAACGGAAUACGGGCAGAUCAUGUGGGAAAAACACAUACCGAGCACGUGCAAGCUGUCACAGCCACUGAGAGAGAAACUGAGGUCUUUGAUAGCCGGGCUGUUGGAGAAGGACCAGGCACGCCUUCUUUCACAUGACCAGUUCCACCAGCACGUGAAGGUCAUCACACACUACGUCAUGGUCGUCGUCUUCAACGCCGAGGACGUCACAUUCAUCAUCAUCUACAUCAAACCAAGCUCGAGCCUGGCGGAGUUUAAAGACGAUGUUGCAGGGAGGACGGAAAUCAUGGCCGGAGAUCAGCUGCUCUUUCACCGGGGCCUCAGUUUGUCCGAUCUUCUCGUGGAUGACGCCACCGUCGGUUGUUUGUCAUGUGACUUCCGGGAACCAGUUAUUUUGAUCGCGAGGAACGAGACAGACUGUGUGAUGAGAGAUCCGAAAACCUUGGAAUCGCCGCCUACAUUUCCGCCUGGUUCACUGCUGGCGAAGGACAUCCACGUGGCCCACAAGAUGGCGGUGUUCCUGUCAAGGGUGGAGGAAAGGAUAGCGUCAUUCGUUGACAUUGAGGAAUGCAUGGGGAAAGCAGACACGUGCAUGAGUGCCCACUUGAAGAAGCAUCAGUCCAAUUUGGAACGGGCUUCAAGCAAAUUGAGCACGAAGUUACAAAACACAAGGGCCAAACUAGAACUCAUGCUUGACCUUGAAAGCAAGAGGGUCCAGGUCACCUUGGAACACAACUCGUCAAUCUCCCACAGAUGUCGAAAAGUCCGGAGCUCAAUACCAAAACUCAAGGAACAGCUCCAGAAGGUGAACGUAGAGUUAUCCAACUGUAAACAACAGAUGCCUAAUCUUGCUGUACGGCUAAUGGGCAACUACAGGUGUUCGCCCAAAUGUGUUGACAAGGCAUCGACUCUGUCCUUGAAAGGACGGGAAAGUUGGCGGAGGAUGUACGGGAGGAAGAAAUGUCUGCCCUUGUCGGAGCUGCAGCAACUGCAUCACACUAGAGACAGGAAGACUAUGGAAGAUAUAUGCUCGUCUUGCACGUCGCUGUAUCAAGACCAUUGCCUUCCCAACGUGAAGAAACACAUGACUGCUUUCGGAAAACGUAGCCAGAUGUUCCACAGUAUUCAGAUGAACCUGAUGGACGUGAGGAUGACCCUGUCUAGUGUCAAAGAGCAAGCAGAUGAGCUGGAUGCAACGCUUAUUCAGAUCGGUGCUUUCAGUGGACAGGCAUGGAGUGACGUCACGAGUCAGAUCAGCAGUUUGCGUCUCGGUGUCCCGUCGGAUGAUGGCGGCGCUUCACUUCGCGUCAUGAAGGAGUCAAAUGAGAGCAGGGACAGUAUGGAAAAACUCCUGAAGACGAUGCCCGAGUUAAAUGCCAUGCCGAAUGUGACGUUCAACAAAUUUGAAAAUGGCUGACGAAGGAAUACGUGUACGUGUAGGCGAGCAUUACAACGUAGGCACAGAUGACGUCAGCGUGUGGAGGAGGAGGAAAACACAUAGACUGUGAAACUUUACGCAGAUUGUAGUCUGCACGUGUCCUUAUAUCUUCAUCAUUAGCCAGUCACCUCGGAUGUGUGAGGGCGUGUUGAGUGCCACUUCGAUGUUACCGCAAUGUUUAUGCCAAUGUUAAUGCCGUUUAUCCUGUUAUUUACUUAGAUAUUGUAAAUCUAUCAGCGUGAGGAAAGUUCACAUAAUUUACCACAAAGUAUGUAACUGCAAUUUCUUCAAGGGAACAUGGGAUAUUUGUCUUCAUCCGAUCAAACAUCUUGAUACUUGAUCAUCACCCCGAGGCAAGGGCGUUAACUGACUAUGAAAGUCCAUCUUCCCGAGGCAAGGGAGUAAACUGACAGUAAAAAGUCCAGUUUCCACCCUUGCCGAACUAGGCUGCAAUUAUGGAGUUAUUUUAUGGCUGGACUAACCAGUGGAUGCAUAAUAUCUGUCGACGCGUUGUUGACGGUACACAUGCUUUGUAAAUCCUGCAGUCGACCGAAAUCUGCACGUUGAAAUCCAUGUUGUUUACGAAGCGGAUGUCUAGCUCGUUACGCGAUUUUGAUUGGUCAAUGCAUAGACUCGUUAGUCCAGUCAAAACGUAACUCCAUAAUACCAGCCUAGUUCGGCAAGGGUGGAAACUGGACUCUUGUAGUCUGUCAACGGGAAGAAGAUACUUGACAGGCGCUCUUGUUCAACAGGUCGGUAACGUCAACAGGAACGCCGACACAAUAGGCUAAGAUGGUUGCAUUACCAGUACCACAAUUGUCUAUACAAAAUGAACAUUUGUAAUUACAAAGUUGGUGUGUCAGUUAGGGUACUGACAACUGAUCUUCAUCACUUCCGUCAUUUUAAACAUUUUCGAGACGAAAGGGAUGUUUUAACAUGUGUUAUUUUCACUUUGAUCGCUCAAUUUACGAGAUAUAAGGCCACGUUUCAUCUUCCUCAAGUCAUUGAGGUUACUGUAAAUAACCUAAAGAUCCAAAUACAAUUGUACAAUUGUAUAACCAUGAAUGUAUUGACUACAAUGUCAUAAUGUACUGGCUGAUAGAGUAGACACAACUAUUCACCUGGCAUGUACUCACAUGACAAUAACGAUUCCAGGCAAAGGGUUUCGCGAGUAUGCCAUGAAAGGGACACCGUGUUCAUGUAAUGUAACUAAUCACAUUACGGGGUGUUUGUUAUUAUACUGUAACCUGCGGGAAAGAUUCAUUUAUGAAAAUAGGUAGGAAACAUAUAUCAAUGUGUAAAAUGUGAUUCCCUUAGGCAAUUUACAAAGUACCUGAGUAUUUCAGUUAUUUUACAAAUUGACUGAAACAUCUGUUCAUUUAUUUGACAUAUAGACUAAAACGUACACAAUAAACUAUUUGUGCUGGGUUCCGAAGCCACAGUAAAUAAAUAUGCAUUGACUUUCGUUUUCUUUUAAUCCUAUUUUUUUCAUCAUAAAAAUGUUUUGGAAUUUGUUAUAAUGAAGACAUCAAUGGAAAAAUAAUUGUAAAAUUACUGACAUAUUAAUUCGUUUUGUGAAUUGCAUAAGUGAAAAUUUCAGUCGUUUCAUACAUUGACGGAUUUUACUCUUUGACUGAUUUAACGGGCAUAUAAUUCGCCAUACUGCUGCACAUGAGAACAUUGUAUAUCCAUUUUGACUGGGGAGAUUGGCUUGUGUAGACAGGAACAUUAAACAGAAACAUAAAACAGUCAUGGACAGUGUUUUUUAUCCCAAGAAAAGAAUGGAUAAUGCAUGCAUCAGCCUGUACACGGUUCAAAUUUAUUAUUUCUACAAUUUGAAAAUGAUCGAAAAACAUUGACAUAGCCUGUGUAGUUUCUUUGCACGUUGUUCUUUGUCAGCAAUUCAUCGUCAAUAGUUCCCAUUUUUGUGUGUGUACACACUUCGUUCCGCCAUGACGGAUGAACGCCGUGUGUCCAAACGUGUGCCUCUUGUCGAUGUAGCCAAAUGUGUGUGACGUGGUGGAUUAAAGGUGGUUUGUGUUACUCUGAUAUGCAAUACAGUGAAACCUCAUUGACGAACUUCAUGCACUGUCUGUCUCGAGAAAUGGAUUAAUCGAUAGGUCUUUGAUGGUCCCUGGACUUUGAGUGAGUGAGGUUUUACUGUAUUUGGGUGUGUUUGUCUUAAUGGCAUAUAGCAGUAAAAGCUGAUUACGGUGUAUGCGGUGGUGUUAAAACGAGUUUAAUAAAAAGGGCAUGUGUAACAAAGCAUACAUAUGGAAAAUA